GGCUGGGGCUGAAGUCUAGACGCGGCUUCCUUCCAUUGUCCUCCCUUCCUUCGGGCCGCUCCGCACCCCACUUUCCCCUCCUCACGGAGGGGGAGUCCCGCCUGAGUGCAGUGCAGUACCCAGCCCCCGGCAGCCCGAGCGAGGCUGUUUAUAGCCGCUACAGCCCAGGACCGGACCCACUCUCCCGGCCUUUCCCCUCUCGGUUUCCUCCUUGGGCUGGUUGGAAACUUCACGCAGACACCAAAGAAGCUCCGCCCUGGUCUUUCGGCAAAGGGCAGACGCUGAGGCCCCGCUGGGUUACCCCCUCAAAACCCUGGCCAAGGGGGCCGCCCAGAGCCCAGGUUUCCAGGGGCCCAGGAUCGGAGAGGGCAGGAGGGGCCGGCAGUGUAGGAGCUGCCUGGUGCUUCCUGCCCCUCUGCGGCUCCAGUCCACCGGGCCCCCCGCACGGCUGGCCGAGGCCCCCUCCUCUUCUCCCUCCCCUCGCGCCCCACCCGCGCGCGCCAGGCGGAGGCUGCGGCCUAGGGCUUCGGGGCCGCCGCCGGCCUCCUCACUCGCGCGCUGACUCCCUCCCUCCCGCUCCGGCUCCUCUCCGGCUCCGGAAGCGCGGGGCGGGGUCCCCGGCCGGGCCGCGGGGGCGGGCGCGGGGGCCGGGCCGGGGCGGGGCGCUCGCGGGCUCGGCCGGCUGCGCGCGCCCACUCCGGCUCCCGGCGGCCCAGCGCGCGGGCUCAGGCCCUGUCCGGCUCCCGCGACUCCACGCCGGUGGCUCCUCGCUCAGGCCCCGCGGCCCUCGCCCCGCUCCCGGCGCCGCGCAUGGGGACGCGGCCCGCCGCGCGCCGCUGAGCCCCGCGGCCUGGUCGCCGCGCCUCGGGCCCGGCCGUCCCGGCCAGGAAGCGCCGUCCCGCGCCAUGGCGCACUCCCCGGUGCAGCCGGGCCUGCCGGGCAUGCAGAACCUGAAAGCAGACCCAGAGGAGCUUUUUACAAAACUAGAGAAGAUUGGAAAGGGCUCUUUUGGUGAGGUGUUCAAAGGCAUUGACAAUCGGACUCAGAAGGUGGUUGCCAUAAAAAUCAUUGAUCUGGAAGAAGCUGAAGAUGAGAUAGAGGACAUUCAACAAGAAAUCACAGUGCUGAGUCAGUGCGACAGUCCAUACGUAACCAAAUAUUAUGGAUCCUACCUGAAGGACACGAAGCUCUGGAUAAUAAUGGAGUAUCUUGGUGGCGGCUCCGCCCUGGACCUGUUAGAACCUGGCCCUUUAGACGAAACUCAGAUUGCCACCAUAUUAAGAGAGAUACUGAAGGGACUCGAUUACCUGCACUCGGAGAAGAAGAUCCACAGAGAUAUUAAAGCGGCCAACGUUCUGCUGUCUGAACAUGGAGAAGUGAAGCUGGCUGACUUCGGAGUGGCCGGCCAGCUGACAGAUACCCAGAUAAAGAGGAACACCUUCGUGGGCACCCCUUUCUGGAUGGCACCUGAGGUCAUCAAACAGUCAGCCUACGACUCGAAGGCAGACAUCUGGUCCCUGGGCAUCACGGCCAUAGAGCUGGCACGUGGGGAGCCGCCCCAUUCUGAGCUGCAUCCCAUGAAGGUUCUAUUCCUCAUUCCAAAGAACAACCCCCCAACGCUGGAGGGCAGCUACAGCAAGCCCCUCAAGGAGUUCGUGGAGGCCUGUUUGAAUAAGGAGCCAAGCUUUAGACCCACAGCGAAGGAGUUGCUGAAGCACAAGUUUAUCAUUCGCAAUGCGAAGAAGACGUCGUACCUGACCGAGCUCAUCGACAGGUUCAAGAGGUGGAAGGCGGAGCAGAGCCAUGACGACUCUAGCUCCGAGGACUCGGACACGGAGACAGAUGGCCAGGCAUCUGGAGGCAACGACGCUGGGGACUGGAUCUUCACCAUCCGAGAGAAGGACCCCAAGAAUCUCGAGAACGGAGCUCUCCAGCCCUCGGAGUUGGAAAGAAGUAAGAUGAAAGACAUCCCAAAGAGGCCUUUCUCUCAGUGUUUAUCGACAAUUAUCUCUCCCCUGUUUGCAGAGCUGAAGGAGAAGAGUCAGGCAUGUGGGGGAAACCUGGGGUCCAUAGAGGAGCUGCGCGGCGCCAUCUACCUGGCGGAGGAGGCCUGCCCCGGCAUCUCCGACACCAUGGUGGCCCAGCUUGUGCAGCGGUUGCAGAGAUAUUCUCUAAGUGGCGGAGGAACGUCAUCCCACUGAAAUUCCUUUGCCAUCGGGGUCUUGUUUUUCCUGUUUUCUUCUUCAUCCUCCUUCUUUUAAAAAGUCAUUGAGAGCCUUUGCUGACUCUGCCGAGGAGGCGCCAGCGAGGGGCGUGACCAGCGACGUGGCCAGGGAUGGCCCGCCUCACCGCACUGGAGCCUCAGGAAUCUCUCUGCGGGGUGGGAGGGUCAGCUCCUUCAAGUGGUGGUUUUAUUUUUUUAAUGUUUUUUUAAUUUUAACCAUUAGUGCACAUAUUCAAGGAAAGUUAUCUUUAAAAACAAAAACCCACCCUGAAAUGUAUAUUUGGGAUUCUGAUCAGGCAACCGAAGAUGCGAAACCUCAGGUAUCCUGCUUUAUGUGCUCGCUCCCCCGGGGGCCGGGGCGUGCCCUGGCGGAUGGGUGUACAGAUUUGUAUAUAGUGUCAUUUUUACAGAACCCUCUGGCGUGCAGAAGGAUCACUGUGCACAUACUGGCCAAGUGCUUCUGUAGAUAAUGUCCGUGGAGUAAAUAUUCGACAGGCCAUAACUUGAGUCUAUUGCCUUGCCUUUAUUACAUGUAAAUUUUGAAUUCUGUGACCAGUGAUUUGGGUUUUCUUUUGUAUUUUCAGGGUUUGCCAUUAAUAAUAAUGAAUGCCCCUCUUAUGAACACUCCUCUUUGUACCUCGACAAAUGCAAAAUUUCCUCUCGUUCGCCCUCCACCCUUUUGGUACACGUUAGAAGUUGAUUUCCUUUUUUCAUCGAUGGUACUAUUAGUGUUUAAAUUGGAUCAUCUGUUGCCUCAUGAAGCUUUAAAUUAUUUUAAGUUUCUCCCAGAUGAAGCGCUCUCGUCUCACCUCUGUUUGGAUUUGUGCCACUGCCCGUCUGCACCCAGUGUCCUGUCCUCUCCGACACGAUUUUCCGUUGCACCUUGUAGUGGAGUCUGCAUAUCAUCUUGCCCACCUAGAAGUGUCUGGAUGCUUCACGAAUAAAUUUUAUAACACUUAUUUUGCAUACUCUUCUUGACACAUGCCUCUGUAGUUCUGUAGUGCACAGGUCUGCUGUGUAUGUGUGUGUGUGAGAGAGAGAGAGAGAGAGAGACAGACAGAGAGACAGAGAGACAGAGACAUCUCAGAAGGCUGCAGGGAAGCAGCGGAUGUGAGAAGGCUGAUUGUCCCGGUCAGCAACCUAUGCAACUUGCGUGAUUGGUCAGUGAGAAGAUGUGGUUGGGUGUUGCCGGUUUGUGAAAUUGCUGGACCUCUUGCUGGGACCUUAACAGGUGGCUUUGGUUCCAGUUGACCAGGGUGUCUGUUUUUCUUCACUUGCUGCAGGGCAUUGCUUGGCAAGGCGGGACACAUCUCUGGGUUUCUGGGAUGGGAAAGGGUUCUAGUUGCAAUUCUUGACUAUCUCACUUAGGUAUUUGUAGCAUUUUCUAGUUUUUGAUGUCCAUUGCUGUCAGCUCUUGUUGGUUCUUAAGCAGUAGGACACAGGUUUUGGGAGGCAAGGAAGUUACUGAGCCUUGGGAAGUCAGCGCAGCCAUAGGCUGGUGGGCUGGACCUGUAGAGGACAGGGGCCAAGGACAGGCCUGGCCUGAGGUGCUGGAAAGGGUAGGGGCUGGCUGUAUUGUGAUUGGUUUAUAAGUCUGUGGUUUGUAAGUCUGUGUUCAAUGACGACAUUUGAUCGGAAGCGGAUUUGGUUUGCAUAGUCCUAUGAGACAAGUAGAACUGAACUGAUGAUUCCUUGUAUGAAGCUUGAGCUGAAGGCCACUUUUGGCUGUUGCAGGAGAGACCCACUCAGCUCGCUGUUCCUGGCUGCGCUGUGAGAGCACUGGUGCAGGCAGCAGCUUUUCUGAUGGACGGAGCUUGCCCUCUGUGCAGGGAGAUGGCGACAUGCCUUUGCUAUGGAAGCCAGUCUCCUUUUCUCCUGUGCGUGCUAUGGACGGAGCCAGGGCUUCGUACCUAACUAGCGAGCGCUGAGCUCUGUCCCAGCCCUGGAAACCAUGCUUCGGUUCUAGUAACUGCUGAGUGCUAGUGGAUAGAUCCUAACUGAGCACAUGGUAUGAAUAUGAGUGGGUUCUCUAAGCCACUGGCCAGGUUGAUGAUGCAUAGUUCCACCCCCAGAAAAGCCACAGACGAGCCUUCUGAAUUUCACUGGCUCUGGCAGAUGCACAGUGAUAAUGAUGGCUGUCUUGGCCUUCAAGAGUGGCUCACCCUGCUGUCCAGUCUCUCCUGGGUUGCUGCUUUCUGUAGACACACAAGUCAACUGAAAUGCUUCGAGGAGCAUCUUGCUUAGCCAAGCAAGUUGGCAUCUUCAUCCUGCAGCAGAGAAGGCUUUGCUGUCACCUGAGCUGCCAUGGCCCAUGCUCACGCAGCCAGCUGGGAAAGCUGAGUAGUGUGGCCCUGUGAUGACCGUGUGCAGUUCAACUGUGGUUUAUGCCAUUGAAGUUGUCCUUUGUGGCCAGCUAGCUGGACCCAGUGAGGUGGGCCAGUGGGGUGACAUCAGAUGGAUGCCUUGGCCACCUCGCAGCCGGGCUUAGCCUCUUGGCGGAACGAAGUGCCACCUGCCUUCCAAAAGUCGUGUUCUCUAGUUGCUCUUGUCGAGUGUGUAGUUUGGUUCUCUGUGAAGUAUUUUGUACUUUUCCUUUGGCAAAACGUGCUUGGUUUAUAAGCAUUUUUAUAUUUCCUUCCUUAAAAAAACCAUGGCUUCUGUAUUUCUGCUACCAAAUACAGUGAUGAAGGCAGAGGGCCCUUGAAGGGCGUGCUCCUGAGCACUUGUACUCUGUCGUACAAGGGUCAAUAAAGCUCUCCGAAAAUGGUU